AUGAUAAUUAAAAGAAAAACGUAUCCGAUUUUACCUAGUGCUGGCUAUGCGCAAUUGAGGAUAUUUAAUGGCGUGCAUGGGUGUGAUUACAACUUUUCAACGAAUUUGAAGGAAAAUGCCACGUUCACUGUGAAUGCUCUUAAUGCCUAUGAGGAUAAAUUCAUACCAAUAAAAAAUGGAAAUUUUACAUUCUUAUAUCAACUGCACAAUGAAAAAGAAGAGUGCCCACAAUUCUCAAGUAUCGAAAGAGCACAUGAAUUCAAAGAUGCUACAGCUUACAGCCUCUUCAUACAACCUCAACAUAAUAGUGAACCACUGUAUUGGUUUGAGGACAAAGUAGAUAAAUCAGCACGUGGUGCUGCAUUGGUGCGCACCUUGGCUAAUGUGAACCAGUUUCAUGAUAUUGUUUGGAAGGAAGCAAAAUCGGGCACUAUAAGUUCCAAACUUAAAGCUGAUAAUAAAAAGCAGUUAGAAUUGCGUGCUACGGAAUAUAUGGUUAUGGUAGACGAGAUUAUGGUGCAUCAGCAGGCAUUGGAUCAAGGCGGGGUGUAUGCAUUAAUUAUAGGCAACGCUAAUAUAGUGAUUACUAAAAUGGUAACAAUAACCGAACCAAAUUCAAUCAGUAUACUUUGGUUAAUACCACAAUACAUUGUGUUAACACUGGGUGAAGUAAUGUUCUCAGUUACUGGUUUGGAGUUUUCAUAUUCUCAGGCGCCAAUGGCCAUGAAAACUGUUUUGCAGGCCUGUUGGUUAUUAACCGUUGCGUUUGGAAAUGUGAUUGUGGUCAUAAUUGCAGAAGCGAAAAUUUUCAACUCACAAGCAAAUGAGUUCUUCCUAUUUGCGGGACUGAUGUUUGCCGAUAUGAUGAUAUUUAUGUGGAUGGCUUACGAUUAUAAACCUAAUAAUCCAGUAAUAGUGGAAAACGAUUUACUUACUAAGAAUAAAAUCAAUAGUACAAGUAGUGAUUAUAAUAAACGUAGUAUUGUUUAUCCAAAAUAUUCACAGAACAAUAUUGAGUAUUAA